AACCUGCUGACUGUUCAACGGAAGUCGCGCGCUUUUGGCCGCCGGCGAAACCAGCGAAACCGCGUGCCGCCCGCACGGAUCACACGAGCGGUGUCGGUCGGUGUCCGAAGCUUGCGAUUUUCGCCUACGCGAAUCUCCCGCUGCUAGGUCCCGCGCUUGUUUACACGACGUUUUCGCGAUGACACACAACGAACAGAGAACGCAUUGGUUCAAGGAAGGAGCUAUCGGCCUUGGCGUCGGCGUCCUUUACGGGGUCACCAACGUCUGCGUCGGCCAUCCGUUCGACACGAUUAAGACGAAAAUGCAGGCUCAAGCAGGCUUCGAGAAGUGCGGCAUGUACCAGUCCUUCCGGAAAACGCUCACGACCGGUGGCGUCGUUGGGCUGUACAGGGGCUGUGUCCCGCCACUCUUGGGAUCUGGGAUCUACCGUUCUGUCCAGUUUGCUGUUUUUGAAGCAGUUUACACGUACCUAGACAACACAGUGUGCACCAGCCAAAUUCCACUCACAGCAGGACUACAGACGAGGGUCGUUAUAGGAGGCGUCAUUGCAUCGACGGCCCGAGCUAUCAUCGAGUGCCCCUUAGAGUAUGCUAAGAUAAGCCGCCAAAUAGGUCAGACGUGGACCCUGCGCAACGUUUACACGGGAUUUGGCGUGACAUGGAUGCGAACAGUGGGGCUCAUGACGUCCUAUUUCAUCUUUCUGGACUCUGGGCGACGCAACUUCAAUGAGUACUUCCAGCGGCCCUUGCUGGGACCAUUCCUGAUCUCUGGUCUGGCAGCAACCGUCGCAUGGUGGAUCGUCUGGCCACUGGAGUACAUGAAGUCCCAAGUACAAGGACAUUAUGGACAAAAUGUGUCUCUCCUCCAGCGAAUGCAGUCUGUCUAUAGGCAGAAAGGUGGCUUCACUGCCAUGUACCGCGGUCUUGCCCCUGGAUCAAUACGAAGCUUUGUCGCCAAUGGGACCAGCAUGAUCGUCAUGAGCUAUGCACAGCGAAAGGUCACCGAACUGGGCCUUAGGGAUUGAUGC